GUAACGCUAAAGCACGUGUGACGACAGUUGAACCUUUCCGGCCACCGUAGUUGCGGAAAUGCCACCGAAACGCCAGUUAAUACGCCCAUGUGAAGUUAUCCUGUUAACAACUAACUCUAACCCUAAAAAAUAUUAAGAGUCGGGAACCGCACAACCACACCUGGACGUAUGAGUUCACGGGUCGCAGCGUGUAUGAGUUUGUAAAUAGUGACAAAGAAUGGCAUGCGGCGAUGUUUAUUCGCAAAGAGACCCUAUGCUGAAGAAGAGAGAUGACUUUGAGGACGUUUUGGAGGAGAGGAGGAACUCCAGCGACUUGAGAUACGCCCUCAGGUGCUACACUCCGGUUCUGUAUAAAGGCGUGCCGCCCUGUAAAUCCAGCAUGCUGAAGAGCAUGGUGCUUCAGUCGGAUCAACUGCACUAUGUCAUCAGUCAGGUUUCCAAAGAGACGGGCAGGAAGACUGAUGAGGUCCAGGAGGAGGCGUCCGCCAUCUUGGACGAGAUGGCUCACUGUCAGCAGCUCAGCACCGUUCGCUUCUUUGCCUUCACACUCAGCAAGGUCUUCAAAUCCUUGUUCAGGAGCAUCUGUGUGAACGAAGAGGGCAUCCAGAGGCUCCAGCAGGCCAUUCAGGAGCACCCGGUGGUCCUGUUACCCAGUCACCGCAGCUACAUGGACUUCCUGCUGAUGUCAUACCUCCUGUACACCUACGACCUGACUCUGCCCGUCAUUGCUGCCGGCAUGGACUUCAUGGGGAUGAAAUUUGUUGGGGAGAUGCUGCGGAUGUCUGGAGCGUUCUUCAUCCGGAGGUCAUUUGGUGGGGACAAGCUGUACUGGGCUGUCUUCUCGGAGUAUGUCAAGACCAUGCUGAAGAAUGGAUUUGCACCCGUUGAAUUUUUCCUCGAGGGCACCAGAAGCCGGACGUCCAAGUCUUUGACUCCAAAGUUGGGUCUGUUGAAUAUAGCCAUGGAUCCGUUCCUUAAAGGCGAGGUGUUUGACGUGAGCGUGGUCCCAGUCAGCAUCAGCUAUGAGAGGAUCUUGGAGGAGACGCUUUAUGCCAGAGAGCUGCUGGGUAUUCCCAAACCCAAGGAGUCCACUUCAGGUCUGUUCAAAGCCAGGAAGGUCCUCAGUGAAGACUACGGCAGUAUCCAUGUGUACUUUGGUCAACCUGUGUCUGUUAGGAGUUUAGCUGAGGGCCGAGUGAACCGCCGCCAGUUCAACCUGGUGCCAAGACACAUCCCGGGGAAGCCCGGCGAGGACAUCCACAGCUUCGUGAAUGACUCGGCCUACAAGCUGGUGCGGGCCCAGGAGGAGAACAUGGUCCUGAAGCCGUGGGUCCUUCUGGCCUCCCUGCUGCUCCAGAACCAGGCGGCGGGGCCGAAAGAGGGGCUGCCGCUGGACGAGCUGACUGCACAGGCCGUGUGGCUCAGGGACCUUUCCCGGCAGUACGGAGCCUUCCUCCACUGGCCCGACCAAAUGACUCCAUCAGAAGUAGUUUCCUCCAGUCUUUCCCUGCACCGAGGUCUAGUGAGGAUCUGUGAGGGAAAGGUCCAGCUGGCAGUGGAACAAGAAGGACCUGAGGCUCCAGAGGACCCUCACAGCGCCGCCACUCCGGAAGAGAAGCUCUUGAACCAGGCGGUCAUCGUGCUCUCCUGCGCCUCCUACAGGAACCAGGCGCUGCACGUCUUUCUCCGGCCAGCGCUGCUCGCCUCAGCCAUCCACACUGCUUCCUCCACCCAGAAACAGGAGGUCUUCAACAGUUUCAGCUUCCUAAGAAACAUGUUUUCCAAUGAGUUCAUCCUGUGUCCCGGAGCUACAGUGCAGGACUUUGAGGAGGCCAGUUACCUGCUGGUGAAGACCGGAGCUGUGCAGGUUUCCCAGCAGGAAGUUGUGGUGACUGAAGGAGGACACAGAACUCUGGCCUUCCUCAUCGCUAUGCUGGAUCCCUUCUUACAAGGAUACCAGGUGGUGUGCCGGUUUCUGUGUGAGGAGGCCACUGAGACUCUGACGGAAAAACAGUUUAUUCCUGCUGUCCGGAAAUUCAUCAUCAAACAUCUUCUAGCAGGUGGACUCAGGUAUGCUGAAGUGCUGUCAUCUGACCUUCAGAAAAACUCUCUGGCUGCGUUUCUAAGACUUGGAGCUGUACAGAAAAUCAAAGGUGUGCAUCAGGGGACGUUAAAGGUCAACAAGGUGAUGGUGAACUCAUUGGAAGACACUCUAGGAGGAAAACUGCUCACCGAGAAAGCUGUCGUCGCUCGCCUCUAAUUCAGCGACCUCGUUAGCCGAAAGGGGAUUGAGGAGUGCCGAUAAGUCUUUACCUGCAUCCAGCGGUGUCUCAGCUUUUUUCUCCACGUGGUCGGCCCGGUUCAGCCAAACAAAAUAAUUGCUAUCUGGUGGCAGUUUAAUUUAUUUUCUAAUUUCACUAUCUCCUCUUUGCCUCUCUUUAAAAUAUGCCCUUUUUUUCCUCUCUCUCUCUCUUUCUCUCUCGCUCUCUCUCGCUCCGAUCUUUAAAUUAACAAAAAGCUUUUAUAUAUGUAUAUAAAGCCAGACGGUGACCUGCGGAGGUUUACCGGCCAGCUCUUUGCAUCAUUUAGAAAAACAGACAUUUUGCUGUGAGGAGCCUCGUAAAAGCUUCUGAAUGUGCCAACUCCACUCAGGAUGCUGGCCGGGCCCCAUUAGUGCACUUGAUGAGUAUCCUCUUAACGCGCGGCGUGGCUUUUCUUUGUGUUAUUCUUUUUCAUGUCUGUCUGAUUACUAGCCGUCUCUUUUAUUUUGAGCACUUUAAUGAUUUUUUUUUUUUAAUUCAUGCAAUGUAGUGUUGACCUGUAUCUUAACACUCCUUUGACACAAUGCCUUUUUUUUUUUUAUAUGGAACAAAAGUUGCUUCAAAUUGGUGCAUUUGAAGAUUUGGUUGGUUACAUGAUUUAGCUUUUGGAAGUUUCUUUUUGCACAGUUUGAAUAGAUUUGAGUCAAGAAUAGCUUGUUCGAGGUGUCAUUGUUGAAUUCAAAGCCGCCCUCAGGCCUUCGGCCAACACACAGAGCUUCAUUCACCUUUGUGUACACAGUGGAGAGCAUUGCUAUGAGCGUAACACCACUGGUGCAUAGUUGCCAAACUCCAUAUAAAAAUAGCAGUUAGUUAUUCCACUCACAGCUACACCAAAGGAACAAGUUUGAUGUUUUUGUUCACUGUUGCAGAUUAUUUAUAUAUUUUCUCAAGUCCUAAAAUGGAAUAGAAUAUAAACUUUAUUUAUAUACAAAGCGAUACACACUUGAUGCAGUUUUGUUACAGGGAAGGGAAGAAAGCCAAAAUACAGUAACAUACGAGCAGGAGCUGAACGACAGAAACUCUGAGGAGCAAUGCUCAUAAAAUGCCACUGAACUCGAGAACAACAAGGCAGGGCUUCUUUUAAAAGUAUCAGACCAAUGAGUGAAACACUCAGUUGACCUAGUUAACAGACAUGUUGUUCAGAAGGGUGCAAUUUACAUAACUUUUUUUCAAAUCAGAUUAGUUUUCAGAAAUCUUUAUUUUGAAGCCAUUUGUUUUUUUAAUGAACGUUCUCUUUAAAUCCUUGAAUCUUAAAUGCCACUGCUGUCAACAGAUUUGGGGUUUUACAGAAUUUGGCAGAUUAGGUUUUGGAGCGAGAAAAACAAAUGCAAGUUAAACCUUGUGGUAUAACCAAACAGCCACACUUAACUUUCACUCUAAGCAAAUAUUUUUUAUACCUCUCUAUAGCUUUUUUCCCUCUUUUUAAAUGGGCCACUGUUUAGCAUUUCAGGGGAUCUGUUAGCAGAAGUGGAAUAACAUUUUCAUAACUCUAGUUUCUUUAUUGUAUAGUCACCGGAAAUCAAGAAUGUGUUUUCAUUUGCUUGAAAUGAGCUCUUCAUGUUUCCCAGAGUCCGUCAUGUUUCUACGGUAGCCCAAAACAGACAAUUCAAACAGUGGCUCUGGAGAAGGUCUUUUGCAUUUGUUACCCAAAGGCUGCAGUAGGUUGUGGUGCUGCUGACGUUUAUUUUAUUUAGUGUCGACACAAAGCAGCCACAAUUUGAGCAAAAACUAAAAUAAAUCUGCUAAAUUUAAAUCAGGAAAUGUCUUAUUAAAUGCCAACUUUCAGUACCUGACACUUGGUGCUAUGGACACUAUGGUUCAAUAUCCCAAAGCAGUGUUUGAAUGGGAAAGCUGGCUUCAGGUCAUAUCCAUGAAAGUCUGAAAUAGCCCCGAAGCUGUUGAAGCCGUCUGUAGUUGUUAAAGGACUGUGGUCGCACUCCGUCAAUGGACAGGUGUGAAAUAAAAGGGCAUCAACUGUUUGCGUGGCUGAUCUCAAAUGACUAAUAAAAAGGGGUUGAGGGCAUUGCCAUUAUGAGCCCAUGUGAAGUUCUUCUUUUUCCAAUAAUACAAACUUUGAUCGCUGAAUUUUCCGGACACUAACUUUGUAUGUUUUGAAACCUGACACACUUCAACUCGCUGAAGACCAACUACAAAGUAGCUCUGCAGCUAACGUUUGUAGCAACAACCUGCCUGUGAGAACGUGUCAUUGUGCCAGUGUUUUUUCAAUGACAGCUUUUAUACUGUAUAAUAUCUAAAUAUUUGACUCCUGUCUGUGUGUGUGUGUGUGUGUGUGUGUUUACGCGUGCAUGUGUUGGGUGAAGCCUUUUACUACAAACUGUACAGGCUGAUAAAAGCAUGUUAAUAAAGUGUUUUGAAAUACAAUA